CCCAUCUGAGGAUCCGCAUCAGAAAACGUAUUCACUGAUUGCUGAAGAGAAGUUGAGACAAGAUGGCAAAACUCGCUGUGUGUGUCUCUGUACUGCUGGUGCUGAUGGUGGCACUGAGUGAGACCAGUCCUGCGAAGAGAUGCUGCACAAAGUACCAUGACAAGCCAAUCCCACUGAGAGCACUGAAAAGCUACAAUACCCAGGAGAUCACACAGCUCUGCAACAUCAAGGCAAUAAUUUUUAUGACAAUAAGAGACAAACAAGUCUGUGCCAAUCCUGAAGCACCAUGGGUGAUAAGGGCGAUGGCAUCUAUUCAAAAGUAA